CGUCCAAUGGGGAGAGGAGGGAGGAGUCUCCGGCCUCGGCUCCGUCAUUCUCCACUGGUGCGUCGAGCCACAACAAACAGACUGCGAGGAAACACAAGUAUAAAAACAAGCAGAAGACACACACAGGGACAGACGGCUGCAGCUAUGGGCAAGUUGCACUCUCACUUGGCCAACCCCAAAGACGAGAGUCAGGACGCGCUGACGGCCUCCGGGGAGUACAAAGACGGCGAGGAGGACGGGAAGAACGGAGACGUGUCCCAGUUCCCCUACGUGGAGUUCACCGGACGGGACAGCGUCACCUGCCCCACAUGCCAGGGCACCGGCAGAAUACCACGAGGUCAAGAGAAUCAGCUCGUGGCUCUGAUUCCAUACAGCGACCAAAGGCUCAGGCCGAGCAGGACAAAGCUGUAUGUCACGAUAUCCGUGGCCCUCUGCCUGCUGCUGUCUGGCCUGGCCGUGUUCUUCCUGUUCCCUCGCUCUAUCGAUGUCUCCUACGUGGGAGUGAAGUCUGCCUACGUCUCCUACGACCUGGACAAGAGAAUCGUCUAUCUCAACAUCACGAGCACUCUGAACAUCACCAAUAACAACUACUACACCGUAUCUGUGACCAACAUCACGGCCCAGGUGCAGUUCUCCAAGACGGUGAUAGGCAAGGCCAAGUUCAACAACAGCUCAGUGAUCAUACCGCUGGAUGAACGGCAGAUUGACUACACUGUUCCCACCACCAUUGCUGAUGAGAUGAGCUAUAUGUUUGACUACUGCACCUUGCCAACCAUUAAAGUUCACAACAUAGUGGUGAUGAUGCAGGUGACGGUGACCACGUCAUACUUCGGCCACGCGGAGCAGGUCUCCCAGGAGAUGUACCAGUAUGUGGACUGCGGGGGGAACACCACCUCCUUGCAUGGGCGUGUGCAGGUCUACCAGUAAGAGGAGGCAGAAGAGUCGAGGCAUCAAACACUGCUGUGGCUGAAGUUCUCGCUGAGGGAAAACUGGGCCGACUUCCACGGAGGGAAUCUCUGCUCGGUAACAAUGGAACGACGGGAGGGACAUAACUUUUCUUUAACUAGUCAGUGGCUCAUUCAUUCUUAAAAAUCCCAAACCACUUUCUUCCAUUCAUGUGAGGAGAUAUGUUUGGUUGGUUACUUGUCAAACGGGCUGGUCGAAGCAGAAAGAAUUUAGCAGGAUUUGCCUCGAGGUUUGUUGUAAUUUUUCACCCUGGUGCCAACUAAACAGACACGUCACUUGUUAACAGCAGCAGCUUCAGAUAUGAUGCACUUUAACAUGAUCAAUAAAUCCAGAUAUUAAUAAGACUCUAUACCACUUUGAAUGAGAGUAAAAAAAACAAACCCUGAGCUGUUCCCACCUCUUCCUGCGCUUUCCUUACUCUUUUUAUUGUGUUUCAUCAAAAUAUGAUUCUUGAUAUUAGUGCAAUAUAGAUGAUGUCAUUAGAUUUUUCGGCUUAUUUUUAUUUUUACUUUGAGUACAGGUAGUUUAUAUUUAGCUAGCUGUUAUUCACCGGAGUGAUUCAAAGGCAAAUGUGACUACUAUGAUGACUGCAGCUUGUUACGAGGAGGUUACAAAAUAAAGGUUUUUUUAAAAGGGAACUGUGGGAGCGUUACAGGGUUUGUGUAAGAUACAGAAAUGUGUAAAUGUGUACGUUCUAGCUUGCUUCAGAACAUGUUGUAUAAAGAAUCAUUUCUGGAGCUUUCUUCCCUUUUAAUAAGGUCAUUCUAUUUUUUUGUGUGCUAUGGUUUCUUUUGCAAUAAUGUGUUUGCUAUUUUACCCCAAUCUGCAUCUAUAACUUGUGUCAUGAGUUUAUUGGUAUUUUUGGGUUUUGAAAUAACUACGACUUCCUUUUGUGACAUGAUUUCAUUUUGUUUUGGCAUUUUCAAACAGAUCACUUAAUGUACUGAGCGACUUUUGUCUGACAGAAGAUGCCCGAAAAACACUUAAAUGUCCAAAAUAUGAAUUAUUUCCAAGUUUUCUGAUUUUGGUUCAGUUGUGAUCGCACAGGUUCAAUAUUACGCUGGAACAUUAUGUGCGUUUCUUUAUGACCGUUGAUACAAUUUCUACAUUCAUCAUAAGAAAUCCUAGAUCCAACCCUUAUUGAUAUUUGAUGAUGACGGACAGUGUAGAUCUGAAUACUUUUCUGUUACUGUUAUGCCUAAUGUAUAGCUCUGCUGAAAAGCUGAGCCGAGCUUCUGCAGAGAUGGUUUGAGCUGCAGAAACGAACCUCGCACACUCUGAAUAAUGUGACUACGAGCCAGGCAUCAUGACGCCGCAGAGGUUUGAUCGGUCAUAAGAGCCAUGGAAUUGUAUUUGUGACAAAGUUGUAUGGAACUAUUGAAACAAGCACAUAAAAUAAAUCAUAGACCGCCUAAAAAUGUAUUUAGAAAACCACGUGUUCAAUCCAAAAUAUUCAACAAUAAAAAAUGAAAGUCGCAUAAGAAAUACAUAUCAUCAGACAUAUCAUUGUUACCUCUACACAGUGGUUUUCUGUUUUUCAUGCAUGAAGCUGAAAAUAAAAUCAUGUCU